AAACUAAAAUUCCAAUUUUAUCUUUCUCCGAACCACCCUGCACUGCUUAGACCUCUUGGAGUCGACCCCGUCUGUUUAAACCGAAAGGACACCCAUAUCGACUCCUCAAUGCAAAAAAUAAAAGGGUAGCUAGAAUCGGGGACGAGGGGAACGGAGGUGUAAAUAGAAGGCAAACACUUUCAUUCUCUUUCUCUCUUUGUUAAAUGAAUGGAUUCAUUAUUGAGUGUAAUAUAUAUGUGUAUAUGUCUGAACACGCCUCAGUAGGGACCAGCAGGCGCGCGCAGCUUUGAUGUGUCUUCUUUUCGACUAUCACCUGCAAUUAUAUAUAUGUAAAUAUUUGCAUUAAAAAAACUACAGCAGGACCUUCUACUUUUACACGGCCGAGAUUCAUUACAAUUACAACUAAGCCUCUGCUACGGUUAUUAGCAGCAUCAGUACCAACUCGUUCCCACUGAGAAGAUGGCAACUUUAACGAACGGGCAGGUGGACGGCGGCACGGGACACGGCGGCGCCGCGAGUACCAACGGGCUCGUGAACGGAUUAAGCCACGGCCACGGUCCCGCGAGCUGCGCCACCAUCCCCAUGAAGGACCACGACGCCAUAAAGCUCUUCAUCGGGCAAAUACCGCGUAACCUGGACGAGAAGGACCUGCGACCGCUCUUCGAGGAAUUCGGCAAAAUCUACGAGCUCACCGUGCUGAAGGACCGCUUCACUGGCAUGCACAAAGGCUGUGCCUUUCUCACCUACUGUGCCAGGGAGUCAGCGCUCAAGGCUCAGACUGCACUGCACGAGCAGAAGACCUUGCCGGGGAUGAACAGACCGAUCCAGGUGAAGCCGGCAGACAGUGAGAACAGAGGAGACAGAAAACUCUUUGUGGGCAUGCUCAAUAAGCAGCAGUGUGAGGAUGAUGUGCGGCGUCUUUUUGAGUCCUUUGGGAACAUCGAGGAGUGCACCAUUCUGAGGGGGCCUGAUGGAAACAGCAAAGGCUGUGCCUUUGUUAAAUACUCCUCUCACACUGAGGCUCAGGCAGCUAUCGGCGCUCUACACGGCAGCCAGACCAUGCCGGGUGCCUCCUCCAGUCUAGUGGUCAAGUUCGCGGACACAGACAAAGAGCGAACCCUGCGGCGCAUGCAACAGAUGGCGGGACAGAUGGGCAUCUUCAGCCCCAUGGCGCUACAGUUCGGGGCCUACGGUGCCUAUGCCCAGGCACAGGUCCAGCAGCAGGCUGCGCUGAUGGCGUCGGUGGGCCAGGGGGGCUACCUGAGCCCCAUGGCCGCCUUCGCCGCCGCCCAGAUGCAGCACAUGGCCACCAUUAAUGGGUUGCCUGCAGGACCCCUGACCCCCACCUCAGGUGGCAGUACACCUCCAGGCAUUGCUCCCCCAGCAGUGACCAGCAUACCAUCCCCCAUCAGUGUCAAUGGCUUCACCGGGUUACCCCCACCCCAGGCAAAUGGACAGCCUCCCGCUGAGGCUGUUUUCACCAAUGGGAUUCACCCAUAUCCUGUUUUGCAGGAGAUCAUAUUUAGAGAGGACUCGGAGAAGGGCGAAGUGGGCGUGGCCCAGCGGAGUUGUUUUGGGGUUCAGGGGAGCUGCUUCCUGUCCUCCCUAAAUGAAGCACAGAGUCCCACUGCACCUGACCCACUACAGCAGGCCUAUGCAGGUGUCCAGCAAUACGCAGCAGCCUAUCCUGCUGCAUAUGGACAGAUCAGCCAGACUUUUCCCCAGGCUCCUGCAAUCAUUCCUCAACAGCAGAGAGAAGGGCCAGAGGGGUGUAACCUGUUUAUCUACCACCUCCCUCAGGAGUUUGGGGACGGCGAGCUCAUGCAGAUGUUCCUGCCUUUCGGUAAUGUCAUCUCCUCCAAAGUGUUUGUGGAUCGGGCGACAAACCAAAGUAAAUGCUUUGGUCUUAAUUUGAUCAUCUUUUGGAGUCAAAAUGAGUGUUAUUUAUCAAUUUACACCAACAAUAAGGGUUUUUGUUUGCACUUUGCAAAGAAUAGAGGGAUGAUGUGCAUUCUUAUACCAACACAUUUGCUCAAAAAGUAUUUGGGUUUUGAGGUAUUAUAUAUUUUUAUUUUUAUUGCUACUGCUACUUUUUUUACUGUGCUUGUGUUAUUCAUAUGUAAGACAGUAAAAAUAAAUCUAUAAAUCUGAUGAGUAACCAAGCAAUUAUUAAUUAUGAUUUAUAAAAUAUUUAUAUAGUUAUUUAUGAAAUUAUGCAUGCUAAGAGAAGGAAUAUAAUAGACCUAUUUAAUGUAAUGUUGUGUAAUAAUUAACAUUAUACACUGUGUUCUAUUGGGACAUCAGAUUAAUAGCUGGAUUAUUUUGUAGUAUAAGUGUUUUGCAGGUCAGCCAAACAAGUCACCUUUAAAGAAAUUAAGUCACUAAAGUCAUUGAUUUAUGAGUGAAUAUGAAGUAUCAUUUGUUAGCAGGGCAUCAUAAAGCCCAGCAGACAUAAGCCCCUAAGGCUUAAAGGGUUAUUGUAACGUUGAUGAAGCUGAGUAUUGUGCUUAACGAGGGGCUGGGAUCCUGCAUCCUGCCAGCUGGGCAGGUUGGUGUCAGGGUAACAGUGUGCUGUGCUUUGGAUGUGCUGUGGAUGUCAUGUGCUGUGAUGGUGCUAUAGGCCACUGACUGGAUAUGAUGCAAGGCUUCACAUCUUUUAUUAACACUGAUUAUGUACAAAGCGAAAGAAAACCUGAUUUUUAAAUUAAAAUGACCAUUGUCUUUUCCUCUCUUCUCUUCACCACAUUUUUUCUUUCUUUUGGUUUCAUCCUGACUGGCAUUUAAUUUUUUUUCUUGUUUUUUUUCUCUCUCUUCAAUAUUCCCUUCACCUCAUUUCUUUGUCUCCAUCACAUCUUCUUACUCUUAAAACUUUUCUUGCAUGUUCUCAUCCUUUGUGUCUCCCCACCUCUCUUCCAUUAUCUCUCUCUCCCCUCCCCGAUUCCUUGCCUACACUGCGGACCUGCAGGCUUUGUGAGCUUUGACAACCCCGCGAGUGCUCAGGCCGCCAUCCAGUCCAUGAACGGGUUUCAGAUCGGCAUGAAGCGGCUUAAAGUGCAGCUAAAGAGGCCAAAGGAUGCCAACCGGCCCUAUUGACCCCGAGGG